CUCCCUUUAGUUUUAUAGCCUCCCCCACAGGGUCAUACCUGCUUCUCCCUUGAAACGCCAGUCAACCACACGCCACACAAAACCCAAACCCCACUCGCCCCUCCUUCCUCCUUCCCUCCCUGUACACAAACAACAAAUUCUAUGUUAGCGUAUUAGAUUCAUUCAAAUAUGAAGGCGGAUACAAGGAUCAGAUGCUGUUAAAUGGAGUCUUUAAACAAUAAUCGAAGUGGGCAGAGCCAAGAAGAAGCUUCACUCAACCUCGUCACUCCUUUUCAAAGUCAAUCUCAGCAGCUGGGACAUGGGUCUGAUGACCCAGACCCAGACCACCAUGGUCCAUACAUGGGCUCCAUCUCAAUCCAACCUACUGCUUCUACAUCCUCUAAGCCUGCGUCCUCUUCUGUCAAGAGGUCCACCAAGGAUCGCCACACCAAGGUCGACGGCAGGGGACGGCGCAUCCGUAUGCCAGCUAUCUGUGCCGCGAGGGUUUUUCAGCUGACUAGAGAAUUGGGCCACAAGUCUGAUGGUGAAACUAUAGAGUGGCUUUUGCAGCAAGCCGAGCCGGCCAUUGUGGCGGCCACUGGAACCGGCACGAUUCCGGCGAACUUUUCGACUCUCAACGUAUCUCUCCGCAGCAGCGGCUCCACCAUCUCGGCGCCACCCUCGAAGUCGGCUCCCCACUCGUUUCAUGGUGGUUUAGGCCUCUUUGACGACGGCGGCAGCGAUCCAAGCCGGAGAAUCUUGGGGUUUCAUCAUCAGCUGUAUCCUCAUCUAGGAACCGGCGGUGCAACCUCGUCUUCGCUAACAAAGCCUGCGGCGCCCGGGCCUCAAGAUCACGAACAGGGCUCUUCUCCGGCGGCGACGCACGGUUCAGCUCGACCUGCUCCGGCCAUGUGGGCAGUUGCACCUGCCACCAGCAACGGCGGCAGCGCUUUCUGGAUGCUGCCGGUGACUACCAGCGUUAGCACCUCAACCGCCGGAGUUGGGGCCUCGGAGCCUCAGAUUUGGCCGUUUGCAACGGGCGGAGGGCAGUAUAGAGUGAAUUUCUCGGGUGGGGUGAGUCCAAUCCAACUGGGUCCAAUGGUUCUGCAACAGCCACAAGGGUCUCAGCAACUGGGAUUGGGACUAUCAGAUAUCAACAUGGGAAUGCUGAAUGCUUAUAACAGCAGUAGGGUUGAUUUGGGGAUGAAUUUGGAACAGCAUCAGCAUCAGAACCAGCCUCCUCAAGGUAGUGAAGACAGUGGAGAUGAAGAUGCUGCUGAGUCUCAAUGAUUUCAAGUUAAUUGCUUCUUUCUUUCGGCUUUGCUAGAGCUUUUGGGAGUGGUUUAUCAGCCAUGACUCCUAGCUUUUUGUGUAUGUCCUUUGCUUUUGUAGCAGUAGCCAUUAUUGAUUGUUGACUGCAUUAAUGAGUUGAAGGAAUGGAAUUUCUUUUCACUUCAAA